CAACAGAUAAUCUUGCGAUCUUGUGGUCAUAAAAACUUUGUCUCCUAAAACUCAUUCUACACAACAAUCGGCAGUUUCAGGUCUGUAAAGUUACAAUGUCCAUCACAAAUACUUUUGAUCUCGAUUUCCUAUCGAUCGCGAAUAGGCCGGCUGAUAUUCCGCCAUAAUUGUCGUUGCUUGUGCAUGACUCAUUAUUAUUACCAUCUGUCAAUUCAAAUGACCCUUCGUGGACUCCUUCAAUUCUUCUUCCAUUCCCACUCGCCCGUCUAGGUCUUUCCUAUGGAUUCAGAGUCCACCCCCCUCCUCGACGAAGUGUCUAGACAUGAGCAAAUCUAUAAUCGAUUCUCCUCCGCUAAGAAGAGGACGAUCGUAGCUCUCGUGUCAUGGAGCGCUUUGGUUCCGAUGUUCGCAUCAGGAUCGUUCAUUCCUGCAAUACCACAAAUCGCGCAUGAUAUGGACACAACGGGAACAACAAUCAGUUUGGCUGUCAGUCUUUCGAUAUUCGCUGCAUCACUAGGCGCGAUGGUAUUCGCGACGUAUAGUGGUUUCUACGGCCGACGGCCGGUAUACCUUAUCGGCACCCCGCUCCUCACCCUUGGAUCUAUUGGUGUGGCGUUAUCGCGUAACGUUCCCGAAAUGAUGGUGUGCCGUUUUAUCCAGGCGUUCGGAACUUCUGGUGGAAUGUCCGUAGGAGCGGCGGUGAUUGGUGACAUCUACAAGUUAACAGAGCGUGGAACGGCAAUGGGUAUAUUCUUCGGGGCAACAUUACUUGGCCCAGCGCUGUCGCCUCUGGCCGGAGGAUGGGGUGCGCAUUACGCGUCUUGGCGAUGGACGCAGAUCGCACUCGCUUUCGCCGGCUUCGCCGCAUUCGUACUGAUGUUCUUUUUCCUUCCGGAGACGAGUCACCCGGGAUCCCGUGGCGUAGACAAGAUGCUUGAAGCAGAUGAUACAACACCAAAACGCUGGAAGUGGGUUUGGUUAAACCCCUUCUCGCCUUUAGCGCUUCUACGAAGUCCUAACCUAAUGCUUUCCACGCUUGCUGGAGCGGCUAUUCUAAUCACUGACUUCUCAAUGUUCGUACCCAUCGCGUAUACGAUCGGCGUCAAAUAUAAUAUCACCAAUGAAUUCAUUAUUGGAGCGUGCUUUGUGCCCGGAGGAUUAGGCAACAUUGUCGGCGCUCCCCUCGCGGGAUAUCUCUCAGACCGCGCUGUCAUUCUUUCUCGUAAAAAAUAUGGCGCGGACUCCUGGAAACCUGAGGAACGUUUGAGAGCCGCACUCAUCGGGACUCUUAUUCCUGUACCGCUAUCGAUCCUGGCAUCAGGCCUAAUAAUUCAGUACAUCGACGGGACUCUUGGACUCGUGUUGAACCUGAUAUGUUUCUUCGUGAAUGGAGUUGGUGUCGAUAUGGCUUUGACGCCGGCAACUGCCUAUGCAGUGGACAUUAUGCAUUCGCGAAGUGCAGAGAUUAUGGCGGCCUCGAUGGGCUUUAGGUCGAUAAUCCUUUCUGUGGCUGUUGCCUUGGUGCUACCAUCGAUCAAGCGAUAUGGUGUGGUUUUUACUGACAGUAUCGCUGCGCUAGUAGGAUGGUCGUCGUUUGUGAUGAUUUGGGUGACGAUCCGAUAUGGAAAGCGGAUGAGAGAGUGGGUGGACGUGGGCUAUUCUACAGCCAAAGAUACUUAGAAUCGAAGAGCGAAGAGCACAAUAGAAGUUUUUUCUUGACGCAUUUGCUGUUGAAACGCUAACCGCGAACUCUUUCGGAACCAGAUUUUUUGAAGGUUAUAAAAUAUCACACGCACUUCGUUAUAUUCUGCUUUCUUCGCUGAUGUCAGUGGCAAUAUUAAUCACCACAAAAAGUGAAUAUCGAGAAACAACCAAUUUCGGCCCGGAUAAUUUUCGGUUCGCUAAGGAGCAGCGGUCCGUCUAUCAUCAGCGACCACCUGCACCGAGAAGCCACCAUGGUCAUCAGGACGUCUGGCCCAAGACAAUAAAAGGACAGCUUUCUCUUUCUCUUUCUCAACCCAACACAACCAUGCUGACCUUCGCUCUUGUACUCGGCGUUCUCCCACUCACCCACUCUGCUUCAGUAUCCUCCUCUGCCGCCCAGGCGUUCCUCGGUGUCGGCGGCUCAGGCGCCUGGUGGCCCAUGGACCUGUAUCACUUU